UUGAGGAAGAGAGCGUGAGUGAGAGGGAGGGACAUAGAGAGAGGAAGAGGAGGGGAGCUGUCCUUCAUUUUGAUCCUUUCUUACGCACCGGACUCUUCUCUUGCCUGGGCUCUCUUCAUACAGUGAUGUCUGCUCCAGGUGUGCCCCCGCGUGAUGAUGCAACGCUGAGUGAGCAGGAGCAGAUGAUGGAGUUCUUCAAGCAGAAGAUGAUGCUGCUGGGAGAGAAAGCUAUGCUGCAGAAAUCUGUGCGAGAGGAGAAGAAGCUGCUGGUGGAGAAUGCCAAACUGAAGGGGGAGAUUGACCAGCUGAAGAAACAACUUCAGGAAAACCAGCGAAGAAAAGCAGCUAAGCUGAAGGUGAUAUCUGAGGCCCAGGCUGCCUGUCCUGCUAACACAGAGCCUGCAGGGGGCACCACAGAGACGCCGUCACCAUCACCAUCACCAUCCGCCACGCCGGCCGCCAGAGAUCCCCCACGCAAGAACAAGCCUCAGGGAGAGAGUGAGGGACGGAGGAGGAAAGGGACCGGUAGGAAAUCGGGGGCGCAGGACUCAGAGCUUGGGAUCUGGCAGCUGGACCUGCGAGUGGGCCGCAUCGCGUCGGCACGGCAACACCCGGAGGCGGAGUCUUUGUGCGUACAGGAAGUGGAUUUGGGAGAGGGGCAGCCCAGGACAGCAGUCAGCGGAUUCCUCACAAGUGCUCCCACAGAACAGAUGAGUGAGAGGCUGUGUGUGUGUGUGUGUAAUGGCCGUGCGGUGCGUAUGAAGGGUGUGCUGUCCAAGGUGCACGUUCUCUGUGUCGCUGACUACGCUCACCUGGAGAUGCUGAUCCCGCCCAGCUCUGCCCAGCCCGGGGACAGAGUCACCUUCAACAACUACCCAGGUGAACCAGAUCGUGAACUGAGCCCCCGUGUGUUUGGUCGUCUGCAGCCAGAUCUGUGCACGGAUGUGAGGGGUGUGGCCUGCUACAGGGGCGUGGCCUUUGAGGUGAAGGGGAAGGGCUUGUGCCGAGCUCCCAGCAUCUGCAACGGAUCCAUCCAAUAGCAUCGUGGAGACCAUCGCCAUGGCCGAGGCACAAAUCCACUUAUCACCAGACAAGCCAAUAAA